AUGACUUACACAGCCACGUACACUGCGCCGUCGAGCCCAUCGAUUGCGCUCAAACACUCGACGGCUGCGUCCCCCGAGAUCUGCCUCGACGAUGCCAGCUUUGUCACACACCGCCGCGCAUCGCCGUUCGGCACGCUCCUCGGCACGCGCGACGGUGUCGAGGUGUACUCGAGCCGUGGCGGUAACCGCGGGAAUUUCAAGUCGCACUUCCACAACGGUCACUUUACGGGCGUGCGCUGGCAGUGCGUCGAGCUCGCGCGCCGGUACCUCCUCGUGCAGUUUGGCGUCACGUUCGAGUCGAUUGGCUUUGCGUAUGAGAUUUUCGAGCCGACAACCCGCUUCGCCAACGUAGCAACGCGCUUCUUGGAGCCCGUGACGCGCCAUCGCAACGGCAGCGCGACGCGACCGACGAAAGGCAGUCUUCUCAUUUGGAACCACGGCGGCAUCAACACGUACACGGGCCACGUCGCCGUCAUCGUCGACGUCCAGGACAGCCACGUCGACAUCAUUGAGCAAAACAUGGACGACACGAUCUGGACCGAGACAUACUCGCGCCGGCUACGCGUCGUGACGGACGGGCACUCGCAGUAUACGAUUCAGAAGUUUCAUUCGAACGAGACGAUCCUCGGCUGGUAA